AUGAACAUAACCACCCUGGAUGAGCACACAUUACCAGGAACAUCGACACCCAAACCAGCUCCAAUCCCUGAAGAAGAUGAAACAGCUACAGUGGGGCCACCUUCUAAGUCAGAAUCUACUGGAUUCCUUUCUUCUCUUUUAUCUGCUGCAGCAAACAAAAUUUCCUCUAGUGCUGGUUCACUAGAGGAAACACCCAAGAAGAAGGACCAUUCAUUUUCAAACAAGUUAGACACGUGGCUUAAAGCAUCUAAAAAUGAUAAUGAUAUAAAAUCAACGACGGAUGGCGAUCAAGCCAGUUUGAAUGACAAGCCCAACUCACAUAAUGAUGGCGCUUCAAUUAUAUCUGCCCUGGAUGUUCAAUUUGCACCAGUUAGAGAAUCACCCUUGAAUACCCUUGGUCAUGGAGAAUUGUCACUUGAUGACUUUGAGGCGAAAGAUCAAGCAAUGGAUUUGCGAGAAAUACUACCUUCACGUCAAAACUCCACCCGUUCAACCGAGCGUCCUAAGCGGGAAUUAAGCCCGGAUAUGAAUGGCCCACCUUUAUCAUCACAAUCCCUUCAAGUAAACGGAAGAAGAAGAGCAAUGUCUUUAGAUAGCAAUAAUACCAGCAGCAAUGGUCAACAUUCUGAACCUGAAAGAUCAAAGAGCUUAUCAGAUUCCAAACUGGCCAAACUGACUAUCAUCGAAGAUUCUGAAUUGGAAGAUAUUUCUCUGGCCGAACAGGAAGAAAUUGAUAAUAUAAUUGACUAUUCUAAAAAAUUAAAACACGCACUGAAGAAACGAAACAAGGAAUUCCAUCAAGUGUUUAAGAAGUUGCCCUCAGCUGAAAAGCUAAUUGAUGAUUUUAGUUGUGCUGUUUCCAAAGAUAUUCUAGUCCAGGGGAAAAUGUACCUUAGUGAUCACUACAUAUGUUUCAAUUCCAAUAUAUUAGGAUGGGUAACCAAUGUCAUUCUACCAUUACAUGAAGUUAUUCAAAUUGAAAAGAAAUCUACGGCAGGGUUAUUCCCCAAUGGGAUGAUUAUACGAACCUUGCAUCAUAAAUAUGUGUUUGCUACAUUUUUAAGUCGUGAUAGUACAUUUGAAUUGAUAACCAAUGUUUGGCAUCGAGUGUUACUUGAAAAUUCUGAUGUUGAUGCAAGAAAAACUAUCAGAAGAGCCAGAGGAGAUACACGAGCUUCCAAUCUUUCUCAUUUAGUGAGUAAUUACGAAGACAGCGAAGUCCUUGAUGAAUAUAUUAACGAGGAUGAUGAAAUUGACGGAUCGUUCCUUGCAUCUAGUGAUAUAAAUCAGGAUGGAGAUGUUCUAUCUUUAGCUGAUGUCAAUAGAGAAGAUGAUGAUGUUGAAGUCGCAGAACCUAACAACGAUACUACCGCAGCAGCAACCACCGAUUCUGCAAAAUUAUUCAAGGGAUUGCCCAUUGUAGGACCACUGACUCACCAUCCCACCGAAUCCAAUUACACUAAACAAUCAUCAGAUGUGUUUAUUGCAGAAGAAAUCUUCAAGGUUCCACCUGGGGUGAUUUUUCUACUUUUAUUCGGUCCCGAUACUGCAAAGUACGCGUCAAUAUUAAAAGAUCAGAAAAAUAUCGAAAUUCAAGAAUCAUCAAUCACUGCAUUGGACAAACAAAACAAGGAACGUAAUUACACUUAUGUAAAACCAUUGAGUGGACCUAUCGGGCCUAAACAGACCAAAUGUAUAAUUGCAGACAAAUUGGUUGAGUAUAAUCCAGAGAAGUAUUAUGAAGUUGAACAAACUACCCAAACACCGGAUGUCCCCAGUGGUAAUUCAUUCAAGAUUAAAACCAGAUUUAUUUUAACAUGGGCCGAAAAUAAUCAAGCCAAGAUGUAUGUAGUCACUAAUAUCGAAUGGAGUGGUAAGUCAUGGAUCAAGGGGGCUAUCGAGAAAGGAAGUAUUGAUGGUCAAAAGGAUUCAAUGAAAACAUUAAUCGAAUCAUUGAAUCAAAUGAUCAACCAAGGCGAUAAGAAGGUAGGAAAGAGAAAGAUGACCAAGGGAAGAAAGCUCACAGUUGUUAAACGUGAAAAAGUCGAAGAAGAAAAAGUUGAAGCUUUAGUUCAACCUGUUGAGAAAUCAAUUGUUGAAAAACUUAAAGAUUUGAUUGAAUCUAUUGGAAAAUUGGUUCCUAUUCCAUAUUUAAGCAGCAGCAUUGUUGGAACUAUCAUGAUUUUAUUGGGAUUUAUGCUUACGGUAUCGGUUUUUAAUAGAUUAAGUGGCAGUGGAAAACAAUAUUAUAAUGUUAUUGAGUACAUGCCAUCUUCAGCUUAUACAGGACGGAUGAAGAUUAAUGACCGGGAAUAUAUGGUCGUUUCAUCGGUUAAUACCAAUUUGAAUAACGAAGAAAAGAUUAGACAACAGGAAAUUUCCGUGUGGAACUGGUUAAGCGAAAGGAGUGAGGGUAAGGUAAAGAUAUCAUCAAAAGAUUAUGAUUUGGAUGAGGAUUUGAAGACAAAAUAUAGUGAACAGGAGUUGAAGGAGCUUGUUCGGUUAACACAAUUGAAAUUAGAUCGGUUAACCAAGGAAUUGAACUUAUAG